UAUUAAAUACCAACAUCGUAAACAUGAGUGAACCAAACUCUAUAAGGCAAUACUCAAAAGGUACUGGCGUUUGGGCAAAAGUGCUCAAUCGUGUUUGGUGGCCUGGUGUAGUUGUAGAUUCUCGUGAUCCAUCAAUUCCAGAAGAAUUAUUAGAGUUUUUGGCAAAGGUUAAAAAUAUUGUUGCUGUGGUAAAAUUUGAACAAGAUAACAAAUAUCAAGUUGUUGUUAAAGAUGAUCCUAUUUUCCUAUACAAUUGUGAACGCAAAAUGGAAUUUGUCGAGAAAGGAUAUUCAAAUGAAGAAAUUGUACAAACAAAGAGUGAAAUACAAUUGUCUAGUAAUGUUGUAGAAUCUUCAAAUGAAGAAAUUGUACAAACAAAGAGUGAGAUACAAUUGUCUGGUAAUGUUGCAGAAUCUUCAAAUGAAGAAAUUGUACAAAUAAAGAGUGAAAUACAAUUGUCUGGUAAUGUCGUACAGUCUCCAAAUGAAGAAGUAGUACAAACCACAAACGAAGUUAUACCUACAAGUAAUGUUGUAUCAAGUGAAAAUGAUGUUAUAUCAACCAUAAAUAAAGUUCAAGAAACUAUUACUAGUUCUGCUGAUAAAGUUUUUGAUUUUAAUGAAAAUGACAAUAAUGCUCCUGUUGUAGAACUAAGACAAGCUAAUUCUAGUUGUUGUUCUACUGCAGAUAAUGAUAAAAGUGAAAUAUUUGAAUCCCAGAUAACUCCAGAAUUUAUAAAUAACACAAUUUUUGAAGCAUCACCUAAAAAAUCAAUUUUAGCUGUGAAAACUACAGAAGAUUCUUCCGAUAAACCUCAUGAAAUCCAAUCAAAUAAGCUUGCAAAUGAAAUCGAUGAUCAAACAAAAAGUACUGAACUAUUAUUAGAAAAAACCGUAAAUACUUUGGACCUAAUAAACAAUUUUGAAAAUUCGUUGAGUUGUAUUUCGAGUGGUAUAAAUGAAUCUGAUACAAAUAUAUUGACUGAAGAUAACAAUGUUGUUAUUGAUGUAUCUGAGUUAUGUGAUGAACAUCCAAAGGAACCUACUAAUAUAAAUAAAGAUAUUCACUUAGAGGCUAAUAGCAUAGAUAUUCCAUUAAUUGAAAAUAUGUCUAUUGAAACAGAAGAUCAUGCUAUUAUUGAGGAGAUUACUAAUGAUAAGAAGAUAGUUUCAAAUGAUCUAGAAGUUAAUCAGUCAAAUGGCAGCACAAUUGAUAAGAAUACGCUUGUUGAAAACUCGGGCUCUAUGGAUAGUACUUCCAAUAAUAUUAAUUCUGAAGAUAAAAUCCAAAAAAAAUUAGAUUGUAUAGAUAGUAUGCCAAACCCUGAAUGGUCGAAAGAAGAAAUUUGGGAAUCAUUCACACAAAAUGGAAUUACAGAAGCUAAAAAUUUUGCCAUCGAAGAAAUAACUGACCGUUAUUUACCCAGAUUUGAUGAUUAUAAUCCUAAGGAAUGCUGUGAAAUGCCAUCCAUUGCGUUGGAAUUCCAAGAACUGACAUUGAAAUCGCAAACCCAAGAGACUACAACGAAGAAAGAGAAAAAAAAUGAACCCGAAUACUUUUAUUUCCCCCUCGAUUAUGGAUCACAUCCGACAUUAGAAGAAUUGAAUGCUCUCCCUUUUAUAGAAGAUCUUCACGAAUCUGUGUUGAAGGGUUUUUCAUUAAAAUUAAACAUUGAUUAAAAAUGUGCAUACAAUUCUUCCCUCAUUUUCAUGUAAAAAUUAUUGAUGUUCUAAAGAAAUUAAAUCACUAUUUCGGCUCUAUCCAAAUAAGUACACACAUAAUUAGUAAUGUGUUUAACUAUACAAUAAUUGUAUAACAGCUAYUUUGCCCUCUCUCUUCUGUCUGUUUCCAUAUUACGUAUGUAUAAUAUAUUAAUAUAUUUUAUUAUGUAUACAACGUUGAGUAUGGUUAACUUCCCAUGRAACAACGUCUUAUAGUAUAUGUACCAGAUAUAUAGCUGAUAAUCGGUUUUUUUUUUUUUUGACAUUUUAUCUUCAAAUUUGCUUAUAUUAUUUUUCUGCAAUUUCACAAGCUUUUUUUAUCUAUGCCAAAACUAUUUUAUUGUUUAUCAUCUUGGCCGUUUAUUUUAUAACUCAGAAAUUAUUGAGAGAUUUUUAAUAUAUCGUAAUUUUUCAGUAGAAUGCAAAAUAUAGUUUUUUCUGCCAUGUAAUUUUUUCGGCRWUUCCUUUUUGUAUCUGAACAAUUUUUUUACAUUAACUUAAAUUAAUCGUUUUUAUCUCUUACGAUUUACAUAAUUUAUUGAAUAAUUACACAAGCAUAUUAUAUUAUAAUAUUUAUUUAUUUUUUAUGUUACGACAUUGCUGGAAAGUAGUAUCAAUUACUCUUAGGUGACAUGCGUAAAAAUUUACAAUUUUUUAUUAACACUUUAAAUUUAUACAAAUCAUUGAUUUAUGUUACGCUAAAUAAUAUUGAUAC